AUGGAGGACGAUACUCUCCAUUGCAACUAUGAGAAUUACGACAGUUUCGAUCUCGAUCUCCCCAUCGAUGUAAAAAGAAGCCUCAGCAUUUCUAGUCUACCGAGCUUGGCUUGCGACACACUGCAAGCAGAGGUCCAUCAAGAUCACAGCUUUUAUGAUGGAAACCUCAUCGAUCAGCCAACUGAUGGAUUUGGCGUCCGACCCGACCAGCUCCUGCAUUCGAGAACUCAAAUUCAACUCUCUGAUCUGGAGUUGGCUCCAACAUUGACAAAUCUCGAAGCCUAUCCCAGCCAUGUCCACGGUCACCAGGGUAACACCACUGGAAAUGCUGAUGUUGACGUCUACCGCUACAGUUCAGAGAUCAUGGAAUCUCCCUUCUCGUCAUACCAAUACUAUGAUGAAAGCGACAGCAAAAGUGCUUGGUCUAUCGCAUCUGAUGUUAAUUACAGUCAGCCACCAGCGUUCUUGGAGGAGGGGGAGCCUUUUGACGACAAGCCAUACGCGAUGCUUAUCUACGAAGCUCUGAAGCAGGCACCAGGGCACAGGAUGAUGUUGAAAGACAUCUACGACUGGUUCCGCUAUAACACCACUAAGCCACAAGAAUCGGGCUCAAAAGGUUGGCAGAACAGUAUUAGACAUAAUCUUUCUAUGAACAAGGCAUUCGAAAACGACCGAGAUAGUGCUCGCGGUGGCUCCAGGAAGACCAAUAGUGUCUGGGUCUUGACCGAGGAUGCUAUCAAGAAUGGAGUACAAUCUACGACGAGAUAUCGAAAGGCCGGAGGGGGAAAACGUCACAAUGGGCAUCGCGUCCCUGCGAUACAGCGACAGAGAUCAGGAGCAAAAGGGGGUCGUGCUACAAGCCGCGCCGCAAGGCAACGACGUCAAGAGAUCCCAUAUGUGACAUCAACACCUCUGACAUGCAGCCCCGCCACUCAAUACUCGGACCUCAGUGACUACCGGAGCUUCGACUGCUACGAUUACGACCUACAAUCAGCUGCGAGAAGUUGGCCAGUGACGGUCGGGGACCAUCAACAAACUCUCCCGGUCGAUUUAGUGCGAUGCUUGUCUGACUCGCCUCCAAAUACGAUGCAAUUCGACCACCAGCCCUCUCGGUUGUGCCAGAGCCAUUCGGAAGAGAACCUACGCAUACACAGCAUACUUCUAAGACCGAGUCUCGAUCAAUCGAUGCAUGAGUCUGCUCAGAUCCACACUCGUUGA